AUGCUGUUACGCUGGAGUUUCGUGUUAUUUGUUUCUUUCGUCUCGGCAAAUGAAGAACCAUCGCUUUUAGUGAAAAUUCAGCAAGGUCCUGUCAAAGGAUACAAGUUGCCAAAUUUUGAUGUUUUUGCCUUCUAUGGCAUUCCAUAUGCAACUGCACCCACUGGAGUAAAUCGAUUCAGGGGUCCACUACCACCACCUACUUGGGAUGAGACCUUUGAAGCUACAGAAAACAACAUUGUAUGUCCUCAAAACAAUAAUCUUUUUCAGACGUUUAAUGGGAUGCAAGUCCUAGAAAAUUGUCUCGUUGCAACGAUAUAUGUUCCUAAUACGAAUAAAACUAAUUUACCAGUUAUUGCGUAUGUUCAUGGUGGUGCAUAUCAAACCGGUCAUGCAAAUCGGCUGACUCCAAAGCACGUAGUUCACAAUAAAGAUGUUAUUGUGGCUUCAUUCAACUAUCGAUUAGGAGCACAUGGAUUUUUAUGUCUGGGUACAAAAAAUAUACCCGGGAAUGCUGGGAUGAAAGAUCAAGUGGCAUUUUUACGAUGGUUGCAAAAAAAUAUAGCUUCAUUUGGUGGCAAUCCUAACGAUGUCACAAUUUACGGUAAUAGUGCUGGCUCAAGGUCUGUUGAUCUUUUAAUGAUUUCAAAAGCAUCUUCAGGUCUUUUUAAAAAAAUUAUUGGAGAUAGUGGUGGUAGUCUCAGUGCUCAAACUGUGCAGGUCAACCCUCUACAAAAUGCCAAGUCAUUUGCACAAAUGCUGAAAUUCGAUGAUGUUGAUGAUAUUAAUGCUUUAGAAACCUUUUACCUAAAUGCUUCUUAUGAAGUUUUGACUUCAAUAGACACAACAGUCUUAAAAGAUUAUUUAUUUACACCGUGUGUCGAGCGUGAUGUUGGUGAUGAAGUUAUGCUUGAUAAAAGUCCAUUUGAAAUUCUUAAAAGCGGAGAAUAUGCACAGGUACCUAUGCUGUAUGGCUUUACAGAGAUGGAGGGUACAUAUCGGCUACCAACAUUUCAAGAUUGGAAAGAAGAAAUGAACAGAAACUUUUCCUCGUUUUUGCCUGCUGAUCUUCAAUUUCCCUCAGAAGAUGAAAGAGAAGAAAUAACAAAGAAAGUUGUAGAAUAUUAUCUUGGUAAAGACAAAAUAAGCGAAGCAAAUAUUUUAUUAUUCGUAAAUUACUUUACGGAUACAAUGUACGUUCAUCCAAUACUUAGAGCUAUACAGUUACAUUUAGAAGCGGGACAUAAAAAUAUUUACUCGUAUGAAUACUCAUUUACUUCUGCAGAAUCACCAAAAAUUGAUUAUACAGAUAUUCCGGCAUCCACUCAUAGUAGUCAAACUACUAUGUUCUUUGAUUCAGAGAAGGAACAUGAACGGUCCGACGAAUAUAAGGAAAUGAAAAGAAUUAUCAGGGAAAUGUAUACCAAUUUUGCAAAAUUUGGAGAACCGUGUCCACAUGGAAGCUCUUUACCACACUGGCCUUCUAUUACCAAAGAAAACAUUCAGAUAAUGUCAUUGAACCAAACAUUAGAAAUGAAACCGCUACAGCACCGGGCGUCAUUUUGGGAUGAUGUUUAUGCUAAAUAUAAUAGAAAUCCAAGUUCCCCGACAGUUUCGGUUUAA